CUCCAAUCCAAGCUCAUUUCAAUACCUACCUAUUUACCUACCAGCCGGUCUGCCUUUCCCACGUUCCUUGACGGCACGUUUAACCAAGUCUUUGACCUUUCUUUCUCACCUACAAUCACCAUGAAGUUCUUGACCAUCAUUACCCUGGCCGUCUCGGCCGUCGCAGCGCAAACCUGCGUGCUCAAGUGCUCAAGCGGACCUCAAGGCGGAAACGACGUCACCACUACAUGUUCCAGCCAGGGUGUCACCUGCACCACCCAGCAGGGCCUUCAAUGCAAGCUCGGCUUCCCGUCCUUUACGCCACCGGCGCAAUGUACCUUCUGUUCAUGUGCGCCGCCCUCGGGAGUAUAA